AUGUUUACCAGAGCAUUGAGAAAGUCCAUUUUGAAGACUUCGCAAAGAAGAUUUUUGUCCAUCCAUGAGUACAGAUCUGCUCAGUUGCUCAGAUCAUACGGUGUGCCCGUGCCUAAGGGAGAUGCGGCUACCACUCCAGAGGGCGCCUACGAGAUCGCCAAGUCGCUCGGCACUAAAGAGCUGGUCAUCAAAGCCCAGGCUCUGACGGGAGGCAGAGGUAAGGGCCACUUUGACAAUGGCUUGAAGUCAGGUGUCAGACUCAUUGAGACCCCAGAGGAGGCAAAGGACCUCGCUUCCAAAAUGAUUGGUCACAAGCUGAUCACCAAACAGACUGGUGCUGCCGGGAAGGAGGUUACUGCCGUCUACGUUGUGGAGAGAAAAUACGCCAAGCGUGAGGCUUACCUGUCUAUUAUUAUGGACAGAAAAAACCAGUCCACUUUGGUGGUGGCCUCGUCGGAGGGUGGUGUGGAUAUUGAGGGUGUUGCCAAGGAGAACCCUGACGCCAUCAAGAAGUACCCUGUGGACUACAACCAAGGCAUUAGCGACGAGCUGGCCAAGCAAAUUGCCUCUGGACUUAAAUUCUCUCCAGAGGCCGUUCCAAAGGCUGCCGAAACCAUCAAAAAACUGUACCAGAUUUUCAAGGACAAAGAUGCCACCCAGAUCGAGAUCAACCCAUUGACGGAAACGGUCGACCACGAGGUGAUGUGCAUGGAUGCCAAGUUCGGAUUUGACGACAACGCUGCCUUCAGACAAGAGGAGGUCUUCUCUUGGAGAGAUCUGACCCAAGAGGACCCAGACGAGGUCCAUGCCAGCAAGUUUGGCCUGAACUUCAUCAAGUUGGACGGCAACAUCGGCUGCUUGGUCAAUGGUGCUGGAUUGGCCAUGGCUACUAUGGAUGUUGUUCAGUUGUACGGUGGAUCUCCAGCCAACUUCCUCGAUGUUGGUGGAACUGCCACUCCAGAGACCAUUGAGGAGGCUUUCAAGCUGAUUAUCUCCGAGAAGGGUGUCAAGGCCAUCUUCGUCAACAUCUUCGGAGGUAUUGUCAGAUGUGACUACGUCGCCGAGGGUCUGAUUGCUGCCACCAAGAACCUGUCUUUGACCAUUCCUGUCGUUGUUAGAUUGCAAGGUACCAACCUCGACAUCGCCAAGAAACUUAUCAGCGAGUCCGGCUUGAAGUUGUACUUGUUCGAGGACCUUGACGAGGCCGCUGAGAAGGUUGUUGAGUUGGGAAAAUAA